UGCACGAAAAAUAGGGAAGCAAACGUUAACACGUUCGUCCGUAGUGCUUCUCUAGCUGCUUUCUAGCGUGCGCGUGUGUGACGACGUGGCCAAGACGACGGCACAUUCGCGCUUCAGAUCACAGCACGAUCGGCGGCGGCCAUCCGGUUCCGGCUGAUCGGGUGAAAAAAUGCAUCUGAAAUGUGGAUUAUUGCUACUUUUUAUGCUGCUGCUCCUCAACGACAUCGAAAGUGGUUACGUAAGAGAAUCAAAAAAAGCACGUCCCCUCAACGAGUACAUAUCCCAUCACGAGAAGUUGAGCUACGAUCAUGAGCAUCUGCACGCUAGUCACAGCCGGGCGAAACGAUCGGUCACCAAAGAUCAUUACGUACAUCUUAGCUUUAGCGCACACGAUCGAGAUUUUAACAUUAGACUUAAACGUGAUCUCAGCACAAUAAGUGAUAAGUUAGAGAUACAUAACGAAAAGGGACCGAUAGCAGUUGACUCGUCCCACAUCUAUCAUGGCGAGGUGAUCGGUGAUCCCGAAAGCUACGUCUUCGGUUCGAUUUUCGACGGCGUAUUUGAGGGUAAGGUAAUCACCUCGGAGGACGAGUACUAUGUGGAACGGGCGAAACAUUAUUUUCGCGAAUCGUCCAAGCCGGAAACGCAUCCACUACAUCACACCGGUGACGAUGAGCCACCGUUCCAUUCGGUAAUCUACAAGGAUCGGGACGUGGACGACCCUUACCGCCACCGAAGGAAAGGACAUCCCUCCGGAUGUGGUGUGCAUGAUGAGGUUUCGGAGUGGAUGGAUCGGGUUCAGAAUUCAGCUGUGGAGGAUGAACCCGACCAAGAAGAGCAGCAGGAGGAAGAAGUACAGCAAAAUGAUAAAACAGUGCAGGUGGAUAAGCGAGGAGAACAUAACGAGAACAGCACCAACAGCCAACAACAGCAACCUUUAACAGUCAGCCAGAUGCAGUAUAAAUCAUUUGCCAAAGCGAGGCGACGGUCGCCGUCUAUCGAAAAGGACACACGACCCGACAUUGGCGCUAACGAAAUUCCCAUCGAAACUGGGUACGAAUUUAAGUAUCCGUAUGAAAAAUACUCAAGGGCAGCCAAUUGGCGAGCGAUGGGUGAAAGCGUGACUGACUCCGAAUGGCACUGGAAAGCGCACGAGCGGGUCCGGCGAGCGACCCGGCCGAAGGAAGACUAUCGAAACACAUGCUCGCUGUACAUACAGACUGAUCCAUUGCUGUGGAGUCACAUACGUGAUAGCAUCGUUAGUCAUCUACAUCGGGCGCGUCGUAACGAGCUAGAAGAGAAAACGCGCGAAGAGAUUCUGUCGUUGAUCAUACAUCACAUCACUGCCGUAAACUACAUCUAUCGCAAUACGAAAUUUGAUGGCCGUGUUGAGCAUCGAAAUAUUCGGUUUGAGGUCCAACGUUUGAAAAUAGACGACGAUUCGACGUGUGGUGAAAAUCAUCAUGAAGAUACGAACCCACUGUGUCUGGAAAAUAUCGACGUUUCCAACUUUCUCAAUCUACACUCACUGGGCAACCAUGAAGCGUUCUGCCUGGCGUAUGUGUUUACCUACAGAGACUUUACCGGAGGUACGCUCGGAUUGGCCUGGGUUGCAUCGGCUUCCGGUGCUUCGGGCGGCAUCUGCGAAAAGUACAAGACUUACACGGAAACGGUCGGUGGCCUUUACCAGAGCACCAAGCGUUCACUCAACACUGGCAUCAUUACGUUCGUGAAUUACAACACGCGCGUUCCACCGAAGGUGUCACAACUGACGCUUGCUCACGAAAUUGGGCACAAUUUCGGGUCACCGCACGAUUAUCCAGCCGAAUGUCGCCCCGGUGGUAACAAUGGCAAUUACAUCAUGUUUGCCAGUGCAACGAGCGGCAUCCGAUUAAACAAUGGGAAGUUUUCGCCCUGCUCGGUGCGAAACAUUUCCAACGUGCUGGACGCGAUUGACGAAAACAAGAAGCGCAACUGCUUCCAGGCCUCGGAGGGCGCAUUCUGCGGGAAUAAAAUUGUCGAAAUUGGCGAAGAGUGUGAUUGCGGGUUCAACGAGGAGGAGUGUAUGGACAAGUGUUGCUAUCCGCGUGAGAUGACCGAUGCGAUGAAGCUGGAGAAUGCGACGGCUCAAAGCUGUGGCCGACGGGCCCGUACACAGUGCAGCCCAUCGCAAGGACCGUGCUGUGAUAGCAAUACCUGUCGCUUCAUUCCAUCCGAUGCGAAGGUGACGUGUAAAGAGGAGACAGAAUGUUCGUGGGGAUCAACGUGUAACGGUACGACACCGGAGUGUCCCGAGCCUAAGCCACGUGAUGAUAAGACAAAGUGUAACAACGGUACACAAUUGUGCAUUAAGGGUGAAUGUUCCGGUUCAAUUUGCCUGCUGUGGAAUAUGACCGAAUGUUUCCUAACGUCCAACAUCAUUCCAAACAUUGACAAACGCAAACUGUGUGAACUGGCGUGUCAAAAUGGCAACGACACCAAUACGUGCCGAAGCACGAGUGAAUUCGCGCGCGAGUACGGUCUGCCGGACGGUGGUUACAGCUUGCGACCCGGUUCACCAUGCGAUAAUUUCCAAGGUUACUGUGAUGUGUUUCUAAAGUGCCGAGCCGUAGACGCCGAGGGUGCAUUGGUACGGUUGAAAAAUCUGCUGUUUAACAAGAAAACGCUCCAAACGGUAGCCGAAUGGGCAACGGAGCGAUGGUACUUGGUGUGCUUGUUCGGCAUCGUCUUUUUCAUCAUGAUGGGCAUCUUUAUUAAGUGCUGCGCGGUACACACACCCAGCUCGAAUCCGAAGAAAGCGGCCGCGUACAGAAUCUCGGACACGUUGCGUCGUCCGAUGAACACGUUGCGUAUGAUGCGUCGACAUCAUCAUAACGGAGCUGGACCGCGAAGUGUUCCGGUACCACGCAACGAACGUUCCCGAAGUGCGGGCGACAGAGGAGGAGGAGGUGGGCGUGGUGGCGGUGAGCGAAAUGGAGGAGGCCGUGGUGCUGGUAGCCGGACGCGUGGUGCUGAUGGCCAUGCAGAUAUGCGUAAUGGUGGCGUUCCGGCCGGACACAAUUCCUCAUCGUCGGGCAACAGUCGCCCGUCGAACAGUUCACGUCCGCCAGCACAUGGGUAUGGCGAAGGCCGUGGCCAACAAUACUACCCACCGAAAGCACCACCAAUGCAGAACUAUAGCCGCAUGAGCAAUGCGGAGCUGUACGCCGAAGCUUAUCCAGACCGGGGAAUGUACGAACCACCGAGACGUCCGUACGCUAAUAAUAAGGUUUGACAAGAUCAACGCCAAACACGAGA